AAUGCAUUUGUCUAAUUUCAGUGUGGUUGCCACGUACCGGUCACCAGCUUUAACUGCCAUAAAUGAAUGUGUUGGUGUGUAAUGCUGAAAUAAAUUAAAUGCUAUCCUAUGAGAGUUUUACUGUAUCACAUGACCAUUGUUUGAACCAUCCAACUGCAUUAUUUUCUCUGAUAGCCUGCAAUGUUUUCUUGAGUGAGAAAGGUGGUUAUUUAAUUAAGGACAGUUGAGUAAAUCCUACCGCAUCUUGUACAUUUUAAACGUCACCCCUCUACUAUGACUGCAAGUUGCUAGUUCUGUACUAGCUAACUUUUUUUUGUUCAAGCCAACCCGGGACCAGUAGUGCCGGUAGCCGACACUAGAGGCGUGUUCAACUGCUGCUUCUUGUUUUGGUUAGCUCAGUGUCAUCCCAUGCUUUCUGCUUGUAGCCGGGUGUAACGGGGAUGGCUUUCCCAUGAGGCGGGGAAGCGGGGCUGUGCUUUUUGACUAAACACCUACUGAAGUGCCGUGGCCAUGGCCGGGGUUUUCGACAUCGAUUUAGAUCAACCGGAUGAGAAUGUCUCUGACGACGAACUUGAGGACGGGGGCCACUUCAACGAAUACAUGGACCAGUGCAGCAGCUUUGAAUUCAACAUGGAUGACUGUGAGAAGUUUGAGAUUUCAGAGAACAGCGUGAACAAGGGAACAGAGCAGAUCAGGCCUGAAUGCUUUGAGCUCCUGAAAGUUUUGGGAAAAGGUGGCUAUGGAAAGGUCUUUCAAGUUCGGAAAGUGUCAGGUGCCACCUCUGGGAAGAUAUUUGCAAUGAAAGUUUUGAAGAAGGCCAUGAUUGUGCGUAAUGCAAAGGACACAGCGCACACCAAAGCAGAGAGGAGCAUUCUGGAGGAGGUGAAGCAUCCUUUCAUUGUGGACCUCAUCUAUGCCUUCCAGACUGGGGGGAAGUUGUAUCUCAUCCUAGAAUAUCUGAGUGGAGGAGAGCUAUUUAUGCAACUGGAAAGAGAGGGCAUCUUCAUGGAAGACACAGCGUGUUUCUACCUGGCGGAGAUAUCAAUGGCACUGGGUCACCUGCACCACAAAGGCAUCAUUUACAGAGACCUGAAGCCUGAGAACAUCAUGCUCAACAACAAUGGGCAUGUGAAGUUGACAGACUUUGGUCUAUGCAAGGAGUCCAUCCAUGAUGGAACAGUCACCCACACUUUCUGUGGCACUAUUGAAUACAUGGCCCCUGAGAUCCUGAUGAGGAGCGGACAUAAUCGGGCAGUGGACUGGUGGAGUCUGGGAGCUCUCAUGUAUGACAUGCUAACAGGCGCGCCCCCAUUUACAGGCGAAAAUCGGAAGAAGACCAUUGACAAAAUCUUGAAAUGCAAACUCAGCCUUCCGCCUUACCUCACACAAGAAGCCAGGGACCUUCUGAAAAAGCUGCUUAAACGAAAUGCCUCAUUGCGACUUGGGGGUGGACCAGGAGAUGCCGCUGAGGUCCAGGCCCACCCAUUCUUCCGGCAUAUUAAUUGGGAUGACCUCCUGGCUCGCAAAGUAGAGCCUCCAUUUAAACCUUUCCUGCAAUCGGCUGAUGAUGUCAGCCAGUUUGACUCCAAGUUCACCAGCCAGACUCCAGUAGACAGCCCUGAUGACUCGACGCUCAGUGAAAGUGCCAAUCAAGUCUUCCUGGGCUUUACCUAUGUAGCCCCUUCUGUGCUUGAAAAUGUCAAAGAGAAGUUCUCUUUCGAGCCAAAGGUCCGCUCACCGCGGAAAUUUCUAGGAAGCCCAAGAACACCUGUGAGUCCAGUGAAGUUUGCAGGAGGGGAUAGUUGGCCCCGGGGACCCACGCUGACAGGCAACCCAUCCCUGCUUUCCCAUGGAGGCUCUGGAGAGCAACCCAUGGAUGUGUCGACAGUGGAGCAUAUGGACACAAGCAGCAGCAGCACCUCGGAGGCCUCUGCACCGCUUCCUAUCAGGCACCCUUCAGGUAUCAAUGCAGGGCCCUACAAAAAGCAGGCCUACCCCAUUAAUUCCAAGCGGCCUGAACAUCUACGAAUGAACCUAUGAUGCUCGGCUCGCCUUCAAACAUUAGGACUCUUCCAAUUCCUCCUCUUCGUCCCUUUUAUCAAUUGCUUUUAAAGAGACUUGUAGAAUUUUUUUUAAAUUGACUGACACUGUCUACACCAAUCACCAGCUCUUCCAGCAGCGCCUUUGCCUCUUAGGCCUCCAAACUCCUCCUGACUCAGCCUGCUGCAGAUAAUCAGCAGUUAGAAAUACAGUGUGCUGUAUGUGCAGUCAGUUGUAGGAGUGGUGUCAGGGAGGUGCUUCUCAGUGAAAACGGGCUUGUUGGCUGCCUGAUGCGAGCUGCUGAGUGGGCUGAGGUGGUUUCAGUGUACUCGACUGACAUUAACACAUGAUGUACUGGUGCUCUUUUAUCAUUGAGUCUGAAUGUUACAAUUAGUGUUUACAACUAUGUGCCUCCAUCACAGUGAGAGAAUUUGCUUAUGAGGGGCGUCCGCAGGUAGAAUUACCAAAUAAGAAUUCCAAAACGAACACAGCAUUCAUUAUGCUUGAGGAAAGGUAUCACAUUGCCAGUGUUACUGGAGCGUGUGGUCAGGAGUAGGUGGAGCACGACUUUGCAGAUAAGCAGCUUUGUAGAAAAACAGAAGUGAAAUUUCAGAUGAAAGCAUCACUUCCACUGCAGUCAGUACCCAAUGCUGGCACUGCUUUACUUGGCUGACUGGAUUGCUUUUGGUAGGAAGCCUGUCCAGAAGCACCGUUCCACUUCUUUGUGUUCAAUAUGAACAGACUUGAAACACCUUUUCAUGUGUGCUUAGUUUCGAGGACUCGUGCAGCAUUUUUUUUCACCUCUUCUACUCUGCAAGGGCCAUGGUGGAAAACAAAAAUUUUGACCCAAAAAACACUCAACCAAACCAAUACAACUGCCUUCUAUGAUUCAGGCUGAAUUCACAGGCUUGGGUGCUUUUUGUGUUUUGACAGUAAAGGGGCUCUCAGCGUUGGGGGACAAACCCAGACUCAUAUGAGUGGACAAUCUGUUAAAAUGUGUUUGAAUUGAGAUGUGAGAUGUCGUGGUGUUAUGUAAAGCCUCAGUAUGAGCCUUGGGCAUUAAGCCAUGCAAACCCUGUCGAGCUAAAACUGUCUGAUGAUACGGCUUGAAAAUUGAAUGAAUGGACAUUUGCUUAAUUUUGAAUAGGUCCAUGAUGUUUCUGCCACUGUUUCAGUGAACCAAAUGAUUUAUACUGGCAAACAGAUAAACCCUGGUCAAGCAUGUUCAUAUUUUUAAAAUCAAACCUACUUUAUUUUCCACAUUAGCAGAAGCAUUUUAAAUAGUGUCUGUGAAUUUGCACACUUUUUACACAGGUGAAGUUUGUGUAAAAGCUGCAGAGAUGGAGGAUGUGAACUGGAUCAGUGUUGGGCUGACAUGAUUUGGUUUUUCUACCAUUCUGGUAAAACAGCUAUAUUUAAGUCACUCCACCUAAUUUUUUUGUUUAUAUUUAUUUUAAGUGUUUUCAUUCUGUUUCCACUGCAUUGUUCACAGCUAUGCAAAAAUCAGGUAUUUAUUAUGUAGUAUUAUUUAGACAAGGCAGCAGAAUCAUCAGUAUUCUGAUUUGAUAUUAUUGUCAGAGCCUGAUAGUCAUAAUAAUAAGCACAUAGAAUUUGAUUUUUAUUUCCACAGAGCAACCUCAAAUGCAGGUUUUUUUUUUUAUUCCAGAAGUGAUACUGACCUAGAAGUCUUACAGUGGCAUAGUAUUUUGUAUUCAAGGGUUUUUUUCCUUUCAGAAAACAUAUUUUAGACUUUCCUUGCUGAAAACUCAUUUAGUCUUUUUGCAGUACUUAAAGCAAAACGAGUUAUUUAAAAAGGCUGGGAUUGAUCUGUAAGGUUCACUUCCUGUUGAGGUUUGCUUGAGAACAACCAUGUUAACAAGCUUAUUUCAGGUGGGAAACAUCAUCUUUGAAGAGAAGGGGUGUGCAUUGGUUAACAUUAUUUCUGUUGUGUCACUUGCUCCUUCGGAUGGGGGAUGUUAAUAUGUUUCAUGUACAUAAUGAAGUUAAAAUUAAAACAAAAAUCUUUUUGAGCAGUGGCAAAGCAAACUGUCAAAUCUGUUAGCCUAAACAGCUAAAAUUAUCUUGUGACAACUUGGGGGAUAAUUUCAACUCUUAAACUUAUGCAGGCUUUACCAAAACCUUGGAACAUUUAUUUAGACGUCAAUGACUGUCUAAGACCGUUAUUUUGGGACUCAGUGCUUCAGCAAAUGAGUGAUUCUCACUUUAUAAAACAAGUCUCAAACAGCAUUCAAAUAUAGAUCUUUAUUCAGAUAGUUUAUGGAUCUCAGUGGAUAGAAACUUGAUUUUUAUACAUAAUAAAAUAAAUGCUUUUUCCAAUCUUUGGAUUUUACAAAAAUUAAGUUACACUUGCCUCUAUAGAAAAAUAAUUUGUAUAAAUCAGUGUCACAAGCUCAGUUGCAUCCUUUUUAACCAGUCAUGAAAAAAGUCACCAAAAGUUGAAAAGGAAAGAAAACAUCCAUCCAUCACAAACUGAUUCUUUAUCCUGGCAACUGGGAUCCUCAGUGUCUGGAUGCAGGCCAACAAACAUCUGGUCAUCACUGAACCAUGUGGUGUUAUUGCUUAUGCUGCUGUAUACCUCUGGACAUUUGUUAUAAAUCAGAAAACCUGCUUCCACUAAUUUAACACUGGAUGAGACACAGCUCAUGUGUUUUAUGUCUCUUCAAACUUAUAGGAAAUCCAUUUAAAAUACUUCGAUAUAUUUCUCUGAGGUUUCCAUAUUUACAAGUAGAAAGCUGAAAAAAAAACUUAUAAUAUUUAUCCCCAUUGGUGGUGUUUCAGUCCUUUGACACCGAUGGGGAUAAA